AUGAACGGCACAAGAGUUCCAAUAGCAGCUCAAGCCUCAAGAGGGGGGGCAUCUCCACAAGGCAGUUCCUCUCUUUCCGGAGGAGGCUAUGGUCAUUACUCGGCGCCUGAGUAUAGAUACCAUUUUCUGAUAGAAUCAGAUUGUCGAGAGUGCAAUAUAAAUUACCAUAGCAACGACACAGAGUCACACUUCCACUCGCUGUCUCUCCUUUUCUCUCUUUACCUGUUUUCUUCAUAUUAUAAAUUUACCCUUUCUGUUUCUAUCUUUCUUUUUUCUCACCCUCUCUAUUCCCGAUCUCUAUACCUCGCCCGAUCUAUUUCUCCCCCUCUCUCCCUCUCUCUCUCUCUCUUUCUCUAUUUCUCUCUCUUUCUCUAUCAUUCUUCCAUUCUUCCCGUCUAUUCUGCCUUUCACUCUUUUCUCUCUCGCUUGAUUUCUUUUUAUAUUUUCAAUUUCUAUUCCCGCCUACCUGUAUCUCUCCCUCUCUCCGCGUCUCUCAUUUAUCCCCCUCUUUGUUACUUUAUCUCUUCUCUAUCUCUCGCUCUUUUUUUUCUUUUACUCUUGUACCGUCUUCAUCUUUCUCUUUUUCUCGAUCUCUCUGCCUCUCCCUUUCUUUCUUAUUCUGUAUCUCUUCGCAUCUAUCUAUCUAUCUAUCUAUCUAUCUAUCUAUGUCUAACCUUAUCUUUUUCUCUCUCUCUCUCUCUCUCUCUCUCUCUCUCUCUCUCUCUCUAUCUAUCUAUCUAUCUAUCUAUUUAUCUAUCUAUCUAUGUCGACCUCUUUGUAUCUAUCUGUAUCUGUCUACAUCUAUCUAUAUAUGUCUGUCUGUCCAUAUCAGUCUGCAUCUGUUCACAUCUAUCUAUCUAUCUAUCUAUCUAUCUAUCUAUCUAUCUAUCUAUCUAUCUAUUUCUGUCUGUAUCUGCUCACAUCUAUCUAUCUAUCUAUUUCAGUAUCUAUCUAUCUCGUCUCCACAUCUAUCUAUGUCUACUCAUUAUCUAUCUAUCUAUCUAUCUAUCUAUCUAUCUAUCUAUCUAUCUAUCUAUGUCUACCUCUAUCUGUCUAUGUCUACCUCUUUCUUUCUAUCUGUCUAUAUAUCCAUCUAUCUGUCUGUUUGUCUGUCCAUAUCAGUCUGUAUCAGUUUACAUCUAUCUAUCUAUCUAUCUAUCUAUCUAUCUAUCUAUCUAUCUAUAUCAGUCUGAAUCUGUUCUCAUCUAUCUAUGUCUACCCUUAUCUAUCUAUCUAUCUAUGUCUACCCCUAUCUAUCUAUCUAUCUAUCUAUCUAUCUAUCUAUCUAUCUAUGUCUACCCCUAUCUAUCUAUCUAUCUAUCUAUCUAUCUAUCUAUCUAUCUAUCUAUGUCUACCCUUAUCUAUCUAUCUAUCUAUCUAUCUAUCUAUCUAUCUAUCUAUCUAUCUAUCUAUGUCUACCCUUAUCUAUCUAUCUAUCUAUCUAUCUAUCUAUCUAUCUAUGUCUACCCUUAUCUAUCUAUCUAUCUAUCUAUCUAUCUAUCUAUCUAUCUAUCUAUCUAUCUAUCUAUCUAUCUUCCAUCUCAAUUUAACCACAUCUAUCUAUCUAUCUAUCUAUCUAUCUAUCUUAGUCCAUUCAUAUCUAUCAAUCUCCAUAUAUAUACUUAUCUAUCUAUGUCUACAUUUAUCUGUCUAUUUAUCUAUUGUUACGUUAGCCCAAUAUUUGUACCCUCACCUCAGAUUUUAUAA